AUGUCAACAAUAGGAAAAUCUCAAGUUUCAUAGUCAAAGACUGGCAAUAAUCCCUUAGUCAAGUAGACUAUUUCAAAGGCUGAAGCAAUUCAAUAAAGAGAGCAAUUACGUCAAAAAGUUUUAUCAAUUUUCUUGAAAGAUUAUGCCAAAAACAGUAAAUCUCUUUAGACCGCUAUUGAAUAAGAAGUUGAUAACUUCUUUAAGCACGAAAAAGUUAACGAAUCUUCCUUGAAGGAUUUAAAGGCUAGAGUGUAAGCAUUAGCUUUAGGAAAAGCUCCAUCUUCAGUAGGAGCAAAAUCAGUUAAUUAAAAUGCCCAUGCAGACGAUAACAAAUCAGUUCGCAGUUAAGUUUCUUAAAAAUCUCAUGUCAGUGGAGUUUCCCAAAAGAAUCAACAAUAAAAUCACAAUCAAUAUUAACAACAACAUGAUAAUGUAUCCCAUAGAGAUGAAGAUGGCCUAAGUGUAACCAGCUCUAAGGCUCCUUAAAGUGUUUACUACUUAGAAGGUGAUGAAGAUGAUGAAUGGGCUGCUAUUGUCAAAUUUGACACUGAACUUUUUAAGAAAGAGUAAGAAUUAGAAAAGCAAAGAAAUGCUGAAUUCAAAAAGAAGAUGAGAAAUGAAUUAGACAAGCAACUUGCUGAAAAAGGGUCUAGAAAAUAACAUGAAAGAGUUGAGAACGAUGCUUACGUAGAUCUUUAAAACCAUCAAUUAAAUGUUUAUGAUGAACGUGAGAAGUAAAAGGAAUAGGAAAAGCAAGCCAAGAUCAUGAAUGAAAAGCGUCAAAGAGAUAAAUAGGUCUAAGAUGAAAACCUCAGAAGAAAGCUUGAAAAGAAAAGAGAAAAGGAACUCGAUGCUAUGCUUGUUGCUAAAAUCAAGGAAGAAAAAGAAAUUGAAGAAAGGGAAAUAUUAAAUAAAAAAUUAAAAGAAAAAGAGAGACUUGCUUAAAUGAUGAAGGAAAACGAGGAUUAUAGAAUAAAAUCUGAAAAAGAAGCAAGAGAUGAAAAAGCCAAUGACAUUAGACUUUAACAAGAGUACACAAGAUUAACUGAAGAAAUGGAAGCAAAUAGAGAAAGAGAAAAGAAAAACAGAGAAGAUAAGAUUAAAAAAAUCAUGAGUGCUUUCGCUGACACUGUUGUCAAAGAUUAGAAGGCCAUUAUUAGAGAAGAAGAUGAAAAAAUGAUGCGCCAUAUCAUAGAUUAAGAAGAGAAAGAUCGUCAAGAAGAACAAAGAAGACAAGAAAACCUCCGUAAACAAAAGCAAGAUAUGAGAAAUUUCUUAAACAAGCAAAUAGAUGAAAAGAAUGACAGAAAAGUUCAAGAAGACCAAAUAAAUAAAAAGUAAGCUGAAAUUUGGGCUAAAGAUAGAGAAAACUACAUGGAACACGAAUAAACUAAAUAAACCUAUAUUAAAUCUGUUAAUAAGAAGCACCAGGAUAUUUUAAAGCAAUAGAUGGAUGAAAAACAUAAUCCUAAAAAGGGAAAAAUGAAUGUUAAUGAAUUAUUACAAAAUAAAUAAUUAUUCGAAGAAAUAGCACAAAAGAAUGAUAGAAUCUAACUUAAGAAAGCUGAUCCUUCUGCUAUUAAGCGUUGA